CCAAGGAAUGCAACUAACAGCCCUGCUGGAGUUUAAGGAGUACUAGGAUUCACUGCCUGCCAGCCAUGGGCCAGGAUUAUUACUCUGUGCUCCAGAUCACUCACAAUGCAGAGGAUGCCCAGAUCAAGAAGGCGUACCGGAAGCUUGCCCUUAAGAACCACCCUUUGAAAUCAAGUGACCCUGAAGCUAAAGAGACCUUCAAGCAAAUAGCAGAGGCCUAUGAUGUGCUGAGUGACCCUGUGAAGAGAGCCAUCUAUGACAAGUUCGGAGAAGAAGGCCUGAAGGGCGGGAUUCCCCUGGAGUUUGGAUCCCAGGCCCCGUGGACAACUGGCUACGUCUUCCACGGCAACCCUGCUAAGGUGUUCCAUGAGUUCUUCGGGGGAGACAACCCCUUCAGUGAAUUUUUUGAUGCAGACGGAAGUGAAGUGGAUUUAAAUUUUGGGGGGCUCCGAGGCCGAGGGGUCAAGAAACAGGAUCCCCCCAUUGAACGGGACCUCUAUUUGUCCUUGGAGGACUUAUUCUUUGGCUGCACUAAAAAAAUUAAGAUCUCCCGAAGAGUGCUAAAUGAGGAUGGGUACUCCUCUACCAUCAAGGACAAGAUCUUGACGAUCGACGUGAAGUGUGGCUGGAGGCAGGGCACACGCAUCACCUUUGAGAAGGAAGGGGACCAGGGCCCCAACAUCAUCCCAGCCGACAUCAUCUUCAUCGUGAAGGAGAAGCUCCACUCUCGCUUCCGCAGGGAGAACGACAACCUCCUCUUUGUGUAUCCCAUCCCUCUGGGCAAGGCCCUCACCUGCUGCACUGUGGAGGUGAAGACUCUAGAUGACCGUCUACUCAACAUCCCCAUCAAUGACAUUGUCCAUCCCAAGUACUUCAAGAAGGUGCCAGAGGAGGGGAUGCCUUUGCCCGAGGACCCCACCAAGAAGGGGGACCUCUUCAUCUUCUUUGACAUCCAGUUCCCCACCCGCCUCACACCUCAAAAGAAGCAGAUGCUGCGUCAGGCACUGCUGACCUGACGUGGGGGGCUGGAGUGGUGGAGGAGAGGGCUCCGGGCCUGACCCCGCCAGCCCCACAGUGCAGGGCUGAGGAGAGGGAGGAGGGCUGGGAAGCUAAGCUGACAUAAUAAAGAUUUAUUAUCCUCCAUUUUCA